AUGCCUUCUGUUGCUCAAGAGGCCUCAAUACAAGUCCAACCAGAACCUAUUGCAACGGAUGGACCACCACUAAAACCGGUGUCAGCUAAUAGUAGAGGAGACAACGACGUUGAGAGGAAUGACAGUGGGAAGGAACAGAAUACAUCGCAAAUUCAGUUGCCGCCAAAGACACCAGGAAGAAUAUCAUUGUCGGAUCUAGUAGCCAAUCCUGAAGAUCUACUUGAUCAACUCCCAAGUGCAACACCCUACGACCAGGUCACCUGGAACCACAUCCCUGGUCUACUGGAAACGCCAUCUAGCUCCGUGAGCUCGAUAAGGAGGACUCAAAGGAGCAGGAAACGAGCACAAAGUUCUUCUCCUGUUUCUUCUCAAGGUAGGAAAGCGAAAAACUCACGCACGGAUGAUAGCCUGAACUUGAAGAGUAUCAGUCAAUCCUUGCAAAAAUCCCCAGUGCGACGAUCGCCAAACCACGAUGAUCCUGCUGCGGUCCUCUGGAAUCACUAUGCUGAAAAGAGAGGGCACGAACCCGCAUUGCCGCCGAUCCAUCCCAUCGAGUUCUCGCCAGGUUCCAGUGAAAGCAGAAAGGACAAUGGUUUUCGUAGAACUGCCAGCUGUGGAAACGAAUGGCCAACCUCAAAAGCAAAGAGAAGGAAGGUGAUACACUAUGAUCCACACAGCACAACAAAACAAAUAUUUGCAUCUAGAAGGAAGGAUAUUCUCAAGCAAGAGCUGCCACAGCAGUCCAAGGUCAGCAUUUUGUUGGAAAGUGUUCAACAAAGUUUUGUCGCCCGAGCCAGAGAACACGACGAGCCCUCGAGUUCUUCUCCCUUGCCUGCAAAAGCUGGGACUGAGGAAAUACACGACCAUGCUGCUGACAAGUCAAGGCAGCCAACACCAUCACCUCAGAAGAGGUUGCAGCCGCCUGCCAGCAUGCCACAUGGUAGUUCACCACUUAAGGCACGUACAGAUGUAUCUUCCGAUUACGGUGACUUGGACUUCGACGACGAAGAGCUUGGCGACAUCGAGCAAGCACUCACGCAAGGUAAUGUCCAAAGUCCGGACGCCAAUCCACCCCAUGUACCCUUCACCAAAAACUCGCGCUGUGGUCAAUCUGUUGUGCCUGCUCCAGCUCGUGUACAACAGUCUAGACCUACAUCACAGCAAUCAAAGCGUGAAAAGACACCUGAACCUGUGCCCAGCCCGGCCAAAGACGAUUUCGAUCUCCUUGGCGACUUUGACGACGAUGACUUUAACGAUGAGCUGCAGCAACUAGUCGAAACAAUCGACUCGCAGCAGGCUGUUCGAAAUAAUGACCCCGUUUCUGGAAAACCAGCUGUUGCUACUACCUUGGAUGGGACUUUUGACGACGACUAUGACGAAGAUUUAAUGAAUGACUUGGUGGUGGGAGCUGUGCAUCGUACAGCUACUGGAACUGACGCCCAGAACGAGAAUAGGCCAGAUAACAGAACGAUUAAGCGGUAUCUGAUCCUCGAAGUGUACGAAAGUACCUACGAAAUCGGUCCAGGUCGCAAGCGGCCAGAAAAAGUGCUUUCUAUCAAAGACGAGAAGACUAAACAGCUCUAUACCGUCGUGCUUCGCCAAUCGUGGUACGAGAACCGCUGUGUGAGAGGCUCUUUCAUACAUCUCAUCGGCAAUUUUGAUAGACAAGGGCAAUGCAUUGUUGACGACAAUCAAAACAUGGUCAUCAUACAUCCUGACCAUUUGAUUUCAGCCACUGUCAUUGGGGAUGCCAUCUCGUGUCUAAGAAGGGCUGUUCUCAGAGACAGAGUAAAGGCAACCGCCCCACCAGAAAAGUCGCAGGUUUAUGGUCACAUUCUUCACGAAAUAUUCGGCGAAGCCAUGCGGCUGAACGAUUGGGAAUGGCAGACGUUCCAGCAAACCAUUGAUCGUCUGCUUCCAACCUACCUCGAAUCUUUGUACGAGAUUGGUGUGCAGAUCCCCGACGCCACGGAACAUUUGAUGAGCAAAGUACCUCUGCUCAAAGCUUGGGCGGAGCUGUUCGUGUCUGCCACUUUCAAUCCUGACGCAGUCAUUCGGAACCGACAAGGCACUUUAGUCCCCAUGGCCAUCAACAAGUUGCUCGAAGUCGAGGAGCACGUCUGGUCUCCGAUGUAUGGCUUGAAGGGCAAUAUUGAUGCUACAGUGCAGGCACAAUUACACAUACCUACGGACAGUCAACCAAAGACUCUCGUCGUUCCUCUCGAGCUGAAGACAGGCAUGAAAGAUAACAAUGAAGCUCAUCGCGCUCAAACAGCCCUCUAUACCUUACUCCUUUCGGACCGAUACGAUGUAGACGUUACCAGUGGCAUACUCUACUACAUGGAGACCUCGAAAACGUAUCGCGUUGAAGGCGUGCGCAAUGAGAUCCGCCAGAUGCUUAUUUGGCGGAAUUUGCUUGCUAGCUAUUCUCACGACAAAUCCGAACUACCGCCAAUGCUCAGGAAGGAGCAUCUUUGCAAGAGUUGCUAUGCUCAAACCGCAUGCUUUACGUAUCACAAGCUCAUCGAAGGUGGUACUGCCGAAACAAGUGGUCUGAGAGACGUCUUUGACAACAAUGUCAGCCAUCUUCGACCACAACAUCAGGUCUUCUUCAAGCAGUGGGACGAGUUACUUACUAAGGAGGAACGUGAUUGCAUGAGGUUUCGCAGAGAACUCUGGACCAUGCUGAGUAGGGAAAGAGAACAGGUCGGCCGAUGCUUCUCAAGUGUAGUAAUUGAGCCUGGAUCAGCGAUGGAGAAUCUCGACGGUCCAAAGAUCAAUCGCCACACUUAUUCCUUCGUCAAGCAAAAGAUGCAGCCCACAUUCUUGUUCACUGAGUCACAGAUUAGUGUCGGUGAACCGAUUGUCAUCUCUGACGAGAAAGGACAUUUUGCUCUAGCUAACGGAUACGUGACCAGCGUCAGGCCAAGAAGGAUUACAGUAGCUGUCGAUCGAAGGUUACAAAAUGCAAGGAAGAAGACGAGGGACUUUGACGCUCAACACAACCAGUCAUUCGUUGGUAUCAUGGAGGUCCGAAUGGCAGGCGUUCCUGCCUCGUCCAUUCUGGAAGACGAGGAUCCUAUUCUUUACCGAAUAGACAAAGACGAGUUCUCCAAUGGUAUGGCCACUGUGCGAAACAAUUUGAUCAAAAUCAUGGAAAAAGACCUGUUUCGGGCGAAAGACCUACGUGAGCUCAUAGUCGACCUAAAGGCUCCUGCUUUCAAGCAUCUCUCCACAGCAUACUCGCUUUCUGGACCAGCUUCACAACAAAGCAUCAACGUCGACCAAAGAGCGGCUAUUGAGAAGGUAAUGAGUGCUAAGGACUACGCUCUUGUGCUGGGAAUGCCAGGUACCGGCAAGACGACAACGAUUGCACACAUCAUUCGGGCAUUGGUGUCUCAAGGGAAAUCAAUUCUACUGACCUCUUAUACUCAUACGGCGGUAGACAACAUCCUCCUCAAAAUCAAAGACGACAACAUUCCAAUCCUGCGACUAGGUUCUAACGGCAAAGUUCAUCCAGAUGUGCAGACAUUUGCUGAUCUGAGUAGUAUUCCCAAGAAGUCUAUGGAAGAGUUGGAACGAUCUUGGGCUGAUAGCAAAGUGGUAGCCACAACCUGCCUAAGCAUCAACUAUGGCAUCUUCAAUCACCGAAUCUUCGAUUAUUGCAUCGUGGACGAGGCGUCUCAGAUUACACUGCCAGUGUGCCUAGGACCAAUUCGAAUGGCCCACACUUUCAUACUUGUAGGAGAUCACUACCAGCUUCCACCACUCGUGCAGAACAAAGAAGCUCUAGAAGGAGGUCUGGACAUCAGCCUCUUCAAGCUGCUUUCAGAUGCUCAGCCUUCUUCGGUGGUCAAUCUUGAGCAUCAGUACCGUAUGGCUGAAGAUAUCAUGCUUCUUUCGAACGAGCUCAUCUACAACGGCAGACUCAAGUGUGGCACAUCGGCAGUCGCGACGCGGACGCUCGGUAUACCUAAUUUGCAAGCAGCGCUUGACGCACACCACCAUCCCUUUUCGAGCAGCAGGUCGGGCUCCAAUAUCUCUUCGCAGUCACUGUGUUCAGCUAAUCAUGCUAACUGCUACCUCCGACUCGCGCUCCUGCCAAGCAAUCGAGUAAUGUUCCUGAAUACAGAUACAAUUGUUACACCUGAACCAGCUGUCGAACGGCUCGUUGGCUCAAAUCAACGGAUCACAAACCCUACUGAGUCUCUCAUCAUCGCCCACUUACUCACCACUCUUAUCCGAUCUGGCGUACCAGCAAAGUCAAUUGGAGUUAUUACCUUUUACCGCUCGCAGCUAGCACUACUCCGGCACGAUGUCAAAGCCAUUGCGGGCACUACUGCAGCAAGUGAAGUGGAGAUGCACACAGCGGACAAGUACCAAGGACGCGACAAAGAGUUAAUCCUCCUAUCAUGCGUACGAUCGAAUUCUGCACGUAGUGUUGGGGAUCUGCUCAAAGAUUGGCGUCGUGUGAAUGUGGCGCUCACCCGAGCGAAGAGCAAGUUGCUCAUUGUUGGAAGCAAGUCAACGCUAGAAAACAGUGGUGUCCCCGUACUUGAAGGCUUGAUCAGGAUCGUUGACAAACGCAAAUGGGUUCUAAACCUUCCAGAAGACGCCACAGGGGGCGGCCACAGAUUCGAAACAGUAGUUCCUAGUCAGACGCAGCCACCAUCUGCUGCACCGUCAGCAAAGAACCAGACAAGCACCACUCGAGAAGCAGGCACGGGUGUGCGGCAACCGCUACGACUGACAGACGCCAACAGUAGUAUCCGAGUUAAAGACUUUGCAUACACGACUUCAGCGAAAAUUGCAGCACCAUUCAAGCCGCCCCAGCCGAAGAAGGUGCAACCAAACAGAAUUAUUCAGGGAAAGAUAGAUGUGGAAAACUUGUUGGAUAAGAGACCAAUCAUGCGAGAUGUGGUGAAUGCGAUGGCACCUCCUGCCGUGCAUUUUAGUGCGGACGAUUUUGACGAUGAUGAGGACAUGAUACUUGAUUAG